GGUGCCUCUGAAGAAUACAGCGACGUAUCUCCAUUAAGGUAAGUGAUCUCAAUCAGGGGAAGUGAUAUAUCUUCAUGAGGAAACCUUUUUUCUCCCAAAAGCUUAUAUUUGACAUAAAAGGGGAAAUUUUAAUAUUAUUCUCUACAAUGAUUAUGUUCUAGAAAUUUAUUUUAAAAAACACGACACUUUGAAAACAAAAUUCAUGUUUAGUUGCACAGUUAAAUAUGAUUCAAUUUUUCACUGAGCUCAUUCGUUUCCUGACAAACUCCAAAAAAGAAAGGCUUCUGUGAUUUCUAUGCUUGGUUAUCUAAGAGAACGCUAUCUAGAUAAUAUUUUACAUGAAUAAAGCUGAUAAGGAAAUAAUGUUUUUACUUUCAAUGUAAAGUAUUCAAAUCUAUGGCCAUGUAUGACAGAUCAAGCAAGCACGCUCUGUCUCGUUCCUUUUCCUUUUCUCCCUUUUAUGCAUAUCUCAAUCGCUACCUAAUCUGUGCACUGAAAUGAUUUGAAAAGUCAUGUAUUACACCUUUAUUAGUUACAAAUGUGUGACGGGGUGGACUAAACUUUGUAUAUUUGAUCAAUAUCCCCACCCUGAUCUCUCCUGCUAUUGAUUUCCCACUGAAUAACGGUUUUAUUGAUCACCUUCUCAGUAACAAAUAAUCCAUUGUGGCUGUGUAUACCUAUGACAGUGCUCAUUUGUAGUUAUGAAUACACUGUUCACACUCUACUACAUUUAAGAUUUUAACAAAUCAUAAAAUCUUUGCUUCUUGUUUUCCUUAUCCUUACAUAUAAAUAAAUAUUUCAUUUACUUAUGUUCUUGUCCCCUGGCUGAACUGGUUGUAUGUCGCAAAAAUAGAGAAAUUUUAGAGGAAGCAAAUAUAACUCUAUAAACCCCACUAAUGUAUGACAUGAGAAGAUUUGCAGGGCCAAGAUUUGUUAUUUUGGUUCCAUUUUUGCCAUAAGCUAAAAUUGAUUUUUUUUUUUUUUUACAUGGUAAUUAUUGUAACUUCAAUUUUUUGUAGAAAAUGCCGGCAACCCCCCCCCCCCCCCCCCCAAAAUAACAGGGAUGGCACAUAAAGUUACAAGUUGUAGAGACAAAGUUAAAAUGAGAUUUUUAAAGUAAAACUAUGUCAUCUAAAUAAGUAUGUACAUUUAUAUUUUAAAAUAUAAAAGGGGUCCAUUUCCAUUAAUAAUUCAGUGUCAUUAUAUUAUAUAAUUACCAUUAAGGUUCCUCCAUCAAAGCUAAUGGUAAUAAUAAAUAAAUGAGCUGGUUGUGCUAAAUUUCUAACAGGAAUUAAUAAAAUUCUAUUAUUCACUUUUUUUUUUGAAAAUAUUUCUUUAUUAUUUCCCAUAUGUGCAAGUCAUGGUCUCUUAACUAAUGUCGCUGUUUUUUUUCUUAAAAAUAAUGCUUUAAAUUUAUGCCAACAUUAUUUUGCAGGUCAGUUUAAGAACAACUGGGAACUAACUGUGAUUUGGGCCAUAAAAUAUGCUAGAAGUAAAAAUAUGUCAAAUUUAGAUGAGGGAAGAAAAUGGCUUUAUUAAUUUUGAUAAUCACAUAGAUGAAAGGAAAAAGAAUAGAGGGGUGGAAUGGUAUUACUGUUGUUAUCCUAUUUUCCGUUCAAAGAUUUUAAAAAAAUUCUUACUUCAGUAUCUUCAAAAAAAACAAAAAAACUGACUGACAGAACUGCCUGAAAAUUAAGCGUUUAAAAGUUUUGACAAUGAUUCAAUUUGAUUUUGUGAAAAUUGUCUAUUUCAGUGAGAAAAUUCCUGGUGAUGAAGAAAAAACUGAAAACUUUAAUGAUGAAGAUGACUUAGAGCUUUUUGAAGACAACACAUCAGAAAGUAUGAUGUUGAUCUUAAGAUCAUUGAUAGGAAAUUGAGAUUAAAUCACACUUAGACCAACUAGAGAAAAUGAAUUAAAAAAUAUCAUCUAUGUAGAAUUUAAAAUUAGGCACGAUGGAGGUGUAAAUUUCAAUCAAGCUAAGAUUUAUAGGCCUAAAACAUGUUGUUUUUUAGAUCACUUAGAUUGGCUUAAAUGAGUAAUGUUUUGAGUAUACCGCUGGCUGCUUGCUAGCAAGACAUUGGUAAUUUUUUUUAGAUUAACGAAUACUGAAUUCCUUAUACAAAUAAAUUGCUUUUGUCACACUUCAGAGUGUUUUAAUUUUAAUGCAUAAGCAUUUUUAAAUAAUUUAAAAAAGCAAAAUUUCUCUAUUUAAAUUCUGGAAAAAACAUUCUAGAAAUAUGCUAAUUUAAAUAAAUACACGAAGCUAAUUUUAAAAGCUUGUAAAGCUUAUUUUCAAGGCUUGUUAUAGAAUAUAAUCUUGCAUCCAAAGUUGAUAAUUGCUUUUUUGAAAAACAUUUUUUUUCUUUUCAAGUUGGAUCAGAAACGUAUUCCAUUAACAGCACAGGAUCAUCUGGGCGUACAAGCGCUGGUUGCUCUGUACUUUCAGCUUCUUGUAAAAGUGUGACUGAGAGAAAUGAGUCACUGCAGUCCAACUCCUCUAGUACAGUUGUGUGUAGACCUCCAUUCACUUUCAGCAUAUUUCAUAACAUUCCACCUACUCUGAAUUUCGUUGCAGAAGGAGAAAAAAGUUUGUAUUAUUAACUAUUAGACUUCAACAAAUAAAUUAAAAACAAUUUGUCUGCCUGUCAACAUGUUAAUGGGCAAAUUUAUAAACUGCAAUAAAGUUUAUUUUAAUUCUUUCUAAUGAUGCAAGUCUUAAGACAUUAUCUCCUAAAAUAAAUUUGAAAAACAUAAACUAAAAGGAACCAAUCAGAAUAUUCCAUCAAGUUUCCAUUCAUGUAACUCUCAUUUACUUUGGGUGGUUAGCCUUUGUGGGAAGUCUAAUGAUGAAGAAAUGUUUGCAACAUGCAUUCAAGAUCUGUGUGGUCAAAUUUACAAUGCAUGUAAGGUGCUAUCGCAGGCUUGAUACUAUUGCAAGCAUUGAUGCUAUCACAGAAUUGAUUCCGCUUGAUGUUAGUGGCAUUUCAAAAUAGAUGGGAAAUUGCCUUGCUGUUGUAAACCAUGGUAUUCGACUGGAUAUUAGUAAAGACAUUGUUAUGCACUGGUUUCUCUUAUGAGAAAUUAAUCUCCUAUUUUAAAUUUAUGGCUCGUUCAAACAGUGGCUAACAAAGGACGAUAUCAUAGAAAAAUAAAAUAACAAAAGUACGAGACCCAAAACAGUACCAAUUACAAUUAAUAAGAUUUAAUUUAGUAAUAAUACAAUUACAAAACAAAAGAAAUAUCAUUACAAAUCAUCAACUUACAGUUUGGUAGAUCUUGUACCGGCACACAGUUAACACAGUUAGUACAAUGUGCCAAUGAAUAAUGAUGAAUAAUCAAUGCGAAUAAACACAUAUAAGUAAACAAAGAAUAAUACACGUCAACAAUAUCUAUUAAUCUCCGUCUCUCUCUGUGCCUGUCAAUCCCUUAUAUAUGUGGGUCUAACGAUGUGUCUAGAAAUGCCCUUACUUUUCUAAUACAAUCGAGAACGUUCCAUAAGAUACUAGUAGACAUACUAACCAUGUUUAAUUGGAAGUUGGUGGUAAACACGACACAUCAAACGAAUAGGCCACACACAUCUAUGAACAUAGCAUGUGCUAGGGGUCAAGCAAAGUUCAUGCAUGGGGAAAAAGUGUCAUACAUAACAACAUGAUUGUAUCUUCACGGGCUGAUGAUUUUGGAUUCAAUCCCAGCAACACCAAAAUAAAAAUGUCUUUAUAUAUAUAAAAAAAAUUACACCUGGACAGGGAUACAUUUAAACAAAAAUCCUUGAUCCACCACCCCCCCCCCUUUUUGUGUUGGUUUUUUGGUGUUGGUUUUUUUGUUUUGUUUUUUUUUGCCUUGUGACUACACCUAGUAAGGAUAAGCUUGUGGACACCAAAGGUAUGAAUAAUGUCCAAGUAGCUGAACCUUGCCAAGAGGAAGGGUACACACAAUAAUUGCUUUUCAAACAACCCAAUUAUGAUGCAGCAUUUCACUAGCAAUUUGAAGAAGAAACUUAAAAAAGGGACACUUAACGUAACAAUUGAUUCAAAGUUUGUCACAGCUUCAAGAUACUGUCUGCAAUAUUCUGUCUACAUGGAAAAGGGAUUUUUAAAAAAUGCAGACUGGCUUGAGGAAAAUGAAACCUGUGACUGAGGGGAGCAUUGCACGCCCACAAAGCUGUGCUUAGCAAUAACCAAAUAUGACAGCUCAUAGCAGAAAAUUCAGAUGAGAUUUCUUUCAAAACUUAACACUUAUAAUACUCCUGAUGAAUGUGAUUCAUUAUUAUUAUUAAGGUGGUUUAUAUAGCGCAGUACCCCAGCCUAGGGCUAGGCUCACUGCUGUACCCCAGCCUAGGGCGAGGCUCACUGCUGUACCCCACCCUAGGGCGAGGCUCACUGCGCUUCACAUAAAAAUUAGCGAUGACAGAAAAUUAUACAUUUAAAAACAACAAUUGGUAAAAAGCUUAAACUCCCCCACCCAAGUGCUAUCUAUCCAUGUCUAGCCAUGGUCAGCACCCAACCCAAGUGCUAUCAACCCCUGUCUAGCCAUGGACAGCACCCAACCCAAGUGCUAUCUACCCCUGUCUAGACAUGGUCAGCACCCAACCCAAGUGCUACCAACCCCUGUCUAGACAUGGUCAGCACCCAACCCAAGUGCUACCAACCCCUGUCUAGACAUGGACAGCACCCAACCCAAGUACUAUCUACCCCUUUCUAGACAUGGACAGCACCCAACCCAAGUACUAUCUACCCCUGUCUAGACAUGGACAGCACCCAACCCAAGUACUACCAACCCCUGUCUAGACAUGGACAGCACCCAACCCAAGUACUAUCUACCCCUGUCUAGCCAUGGUCAGCACCCAACCCAAGUACUAUCUACCCCUGUCUAGCCAUGGUCAGCACCCAACCCAAGUACUAUCUACCCCUGUCUAGCCAUGGUCAGCACCCAACCCAAGUACUAUCUAUCCAUGUCUAGCCAUGGACAGCACCCAACCCAAGUGCUACCAACCCCUGUCUAGACAUGGACAGCACCCAACCCAAGUGCUACCAACCCCUGUCUAGACAUGGACAGCACCCAACCCAAGUACUAUCUAUCCAUGUCUAGCCAUGGAGAUAAUUUUGCAUGAGUUUUACAUAAAUUUUACAUUCCGCUAGCUGAACAGAUACCCUGGAAUCUCCGAAAGCUGAUGAAGUGGAAAAUAAGUCCUAUCACUCCCUUGGUGGUAAAAACAGCUUUAUCCAGAAUAGGUUUUAGAGUGUCAAGAAGUAAGUAGAGAUCUAGUAAAAAACAACAACUAUUAUUCCAUUCAUACUUAAAUUAUUUUAAUUGACCAAGGCUGCUAAUUACAUAACCAAUUAUCAAUUUUUUUUGUGUGCAAAGCUUGACCUAUUUUGCGAUGUAUGAGGCUAUGUUACCAUAGAAUUUAGUAGCCACUGAAAACCAAAGAGUCUCUUUAGUUCUAGAGGAGAUUGGGUGUGCAUUUAAAAGCCUAUGGUGUGAACAUUAGCGUCUGAAAUUUUCAUUUCAUCUUUCUCAGAAAAUUAUGACUGGCUGGGAUGUUUUGGCAAACAUAUGAAAGCCCAGUGUUUCAAGCAAUUAAGAGAAUAUCAAAAGGUAAGUUGAAUUUUUAUAAAAACCUAAAGCAAAAAGUGGAUGUCACUAUCCAUCCCUUUAAAUAUGGACAAUUCGUUUGAUUUUGUUUUGAGUUGAUUGAAAAGUACUCUUCAGUGAAGAUGUUUUUCAAGUUCUUUGUUCUUUUUUUUGUGUUGCUCUGCAGUUGAAUCACUUUCCUGGCUCUUUCAACAUUGGACGUAAAGACAGACUUUGGCGUAGCUUAUCAAAGAUGCAGGCCCACUUUGGCAAACGGGAGUUUAAUUUCUUCCCACAAACUUUUGUACUGCCAAGUGAUUUGAAAUUGCUGAAAAGAACUUGGGAGGAAGGAAACUCCAAACAGAAAUGGAUAGUUAAGCCUGUAAGUGUAAGGUUGUUGCAUUAAAAAAAAACACUGAUCAUAAUCAAUAUUUGUAAUCAAAAUUGCUUACCAGUAUGUUAAAUUAACUGUUUUUGUAACUUUUUUUUUAAAAUUAAAAAGAAAGCUGAAUUAGGUUAAAAGCUUAACUUCCCAAUCAAUAUAAUUUCAACUGAUAAAACAAAAUGUAAAUCUUGAAACCUGUCCACCUUAUUUGAAACAUGAUACCGGGUAAUACUUAUGUUUUUAUUCAGCCUGCUUCUGCCAGAGGUAUUGGAAUUCGAGUCAUCAGCAAAUGGUCUCAAAUCCCUCGAAGAAAAGCAGUUGUUGUGCAGAAGUAAAUGUUUUUAUUUUUAUCACAUUUUACUAUUCGCUUUGAGUUAGUAUCUUAUUGAUAAAUAAAAUAUUUAAAAUCAAUUAAAAUUUAUCUUGUUAAAAUAAUAUUUCAUGAUGAUUUCAACCAUGUUAUUAAUUUAUAAAAUUUCAUUAUAUUUACCACAGAAAAUCUAAAUUUUCACACUAUAUUUAAAUGUAUAAUAUAACCAUACCUACCAUGGGCUACAGAUUUGGUGCAUACAAAUUUGAAUGGCUUGAAGGAUGUUUUACAUGGUUGUUAGAAGGAUAUUUUUUUAGGCCUAGGCAACUGGUAUUAUCAGUUUUAAGGACGCUCUAUAAAGGAAGUCUGAGUGCUGUGCAUAGCCCAAAUGGACUCUCUGAGUGCUAUGCAUAGCCCAAAUGGACUCUCUGAGUGGUGUGCAUAGUGCAAAUGGACUCUCUGAGUGGUGUGAAUAGCCCAAAUGGACUCUCUGAGUGGUUUUCAUAGUGCAAAUGGACUCUCUGAGUGGUGUGAAGUAAAAAUCUGGAGCCAGACAGGGAUGUAUUUUAUCACCGUUGCUGUUCAUAAUAUAUAUGGACAAAUCCAAAUGAUGCCAAUCUAAAUCCUGAGACAAAUGGACAUAACUAUCAGUGGUCAGCUGCUCUGUCAAGAGACAAAUGGACAUAACUAUCGGUCAGCUGCUCCGUCAAGAGACAAAUGGACAUAACUAUCAGUUGUCAGCUGCUCCGUCAAUGCCAAGAUCGUAAAUAUUAGCGAGUAUUUUUGCCACCUACUAAGACAUCCAAAAAUAAAGAUGGGAACUAAAGCCAGGCUAAUUAACGCUGUCUUAAUUUCAACCCUUGCAUAUUAGUGUCAGACCUGGGCUAUGAAUAAAAGUCUUGAGAGAAAAAUCUUCACCUGCCCUGCAAGAUGAGAUGUUUGAGGUGAGCCGCUGAUAAAAUGAAAUUUACCACAUUCUGAUUCAGAAAAUAAAACAGAUGGCGGUACCAUCCCAAUCAGCCAGUACAUGGCCCAACAGCAAAUUAAUUGGUUUGGCCUCAUGGUAGAGUGCAGCCUACAAGAAACUAAUAAUCUUUUUAAUUUUUUUAUACCAGAUUUUUAUUAUUAUUCUUUUAAUCUUUGUCAUUAUCAAUGAUGUAUUUUUAAUUACAUAAAGAAGUUCCAAUUGAAGAUGAUCUAUUUAUUGUAAAUGAAAUGAAAUAGAGGAAUUUUUCUUUGUAAAAACAUUUUUAUACACACAUGUUGCUUGAUUAAAAUAUAAAAAUAAAUUGCACUUACUUUUUUAAAAUGCUAAAUUAUAUGGUUUAUUCAAAAUUUAAUUUUGACUAUGAAAUUAAUAAUGCUAGGUUGACAUAUAAAUAUAUUUUAUUUGCUUUAUUACAAUUUCCUAAACCUUUAUCAAUAGGUAUAUUCACCGUCCAUUCCUCAUCAAUGGAAAUAAGUUUGACAUGAGAGUCUAUGUCUAUGUCAGCUCCUACGACCCUCUUAGACUUUAUGUUUAUGAUGAUGGACUUGCUCGUUUUGCUUCUUGCAAGUAAAGACCAUAGUUUAAAAUUGAAACCAAUUAAGAAACCACUUUACUUUUUGCUGUUGGUGUUAUAAUUAUAGCUUGUGUUAUUAUUUAAUACUAUUGUUGUUUUUUUAAAAUUUACACAGCAGCCUCAGUGUUUUGUAAUACUGUUAGAGGCACAUGAUAACAAUGAAGACUAACAAAAAUUAAUAAAAUCCUCAGAUAUUCUUCUUCUACAAAGUCAUUGAAUAACAGAUUUGUCCACUUGACUAACUACAGUGUGAACAAAAAGAACACAGAAUAUGUCAGUAAUUCUAAUCAGGAUGACAAUUUGUGCGAGGGACAUAAAUGGUAUGAACAAUUUAAUUCCAAAAUAAUAAACAAUAUUUCAACUAUUGAUUUAAUAAAUAUUUAAAACUAUUUUCAGAACAAAAACUAAAACAGACAUUUCAUAAACAAAAAUGUUGCCCUAUAGAAAAUGUCACACCUAGACUUAAAACGUAAUGCUAAAUUGCAUCAUGAUGUAUAUCAUAUUUUAAAAAGCUGAUUUCUCUAAAUAGUAAUUUGAUGAAAAUUCAGUUUAAGUGUUUUGAAUGAUUAAUUCCUAUAUGCUUGGAAAUAUUGGUCUGAUAUUAAUUGGUUUAAAACUUAGAUGAUGAAUCUGAUACGUUAAACUUACGGCAUUAUUCUGGUUGUGAAUCUGAUACGUUAAACUUACUGCAUUAUUCUUGUUGUGAAUCUGAUACGUUAAACUUACUGCAUUAUUCUGGUUGUGAAUCAGAGCACGUUUCAUUAUGCAUUUAAACUUGAUAUUAAGCAAAGGUAUUAUUAUAUAAGGAGUUACAAUACUCACAUAUUGACUUAUUACCAACAAGGAUACAACUGCCGGUAAUUAUUUUGAUUAUUAAUGUCACUCUGGUAUCGAUAAAUCAAGUUGUUGGUUGUUCUAGUUUUUUUUUAAAAGAGUCCAUUGUAUUCCAAAAUGGAAUGUUAGGGCUGGGCAGAUAACAUCUUAAAUCCAUAAACAAAAGCAAGAUAAAACAUGAAAGCUUAAUUCGAAUUUCAGGCAGAAAAAAAGUAAUAAAAAUAAUUGCAAACAGCACAGACAUGGUAAUGUUAAGAAGAAAAGCCACGGCGCCCACGGAGAAGUAAAUAAUUUUACUUAUUUUGGAAAUAUAGUUUUUGAGAAUGGUGGAUUAGAGGCAAAUAUUAAGGCAAGAAUGCUCAAGGCAAGAGUAAAGUUUGCCGCACUAAAAAUAGUAAGGAGUAAUACAAAAUAUAGAAUUUUAAACUUAAAGGACAGUCAGAUCUGUUGUAUGGUUUAUUUCUGUUAUUAUACUAAUAAUAGUUUAGGAAACCCAGAUCUGUGCCCAUAUUUGGGAAAUUUAUUUGAAUUAUAUCACUCUCAGUGAUGAUGAAACAGGUAAACUACAUACAAGUAAAAAAAAACAAGUGUCUUAACUUUUUAAUUACAUUUGACAUUAUGGAAUCACACGAUUACAAUAAACUGCAGAAAACUUUGUAAAUUAAAUGAUUAUUGACUUAAAAUUGCUAUUAUUGGAUUUGAAAUUUAUAGAUUAAUAAAAACCUUGAUUAAAAUUUAAAAUUCUGUGGCUUUGUUUCCAGAAGUUUGUUUUUGUAGUUUGUAAAUUAUGCAUUUUUUCAUCUACGGAAUGUUACUAACAAGUAAUCCUUUAUUUUAUACAUAGGAGUUUGAAGGCACUGUGGGCAUACAUGAAAAAACAAGGCAUCAACACAGCUGUUAUUUGGGCCAGUAUUAGAGAUCUGAUUAUCAAGACCAUCAUAAGGUGCAUAUAUCUUUGAUGUUAAACUCAGCACUAAAAUUAACAUUAAAAAUACUUUUUUUUUUAAAUUACUCAAAAAAAAAAAAAAAAAUAAAAAACCCGAAAACAAUUUUAUUUGAAUUUAUCAGAAAAAUUGUUGCAAGUAAGUCACAGUAUAUGCAAGAAAACAUUCCAUGUAACUUAACAUUUAUAUUUUCAGUGGCGACUCAUCUAUCAAUAGUAUGACAAAAGCUAAUGUUCGCAGUCGCUACUCCUGCCAUGAGCUGUUUGGUUUUGAUAUUUUGUUGGAUGAGAAAUUAAAACCCUGGAUACUGGAAGUUAACAUCUCCCCAAGGUAAACCAACUAAUGUUGCUCUUUUGUCUUCACAAUCAACUUUAGGGGAACUCAUGUGCAAUCUUUAUAAAGUUAUGAAAAAGUAAAUGACUAUUUGAAUCAGAAAAAAAUUGCUCCAAACAUCAAAGUGUUAUACUUUUUUGGAACUGGAAAAAUAUGAAGAUCAAUAUAAUAAUAUGAAAGUUAUACUUGAAUUAACUUUUAAAAUAUCAAAUGGUCCCAAAAUGGCCAAUGAGAAAGAAUAAUAAUUUGGAAAUUAGUUAACUAAUUCUUAGAAACUUUUAUAAUAUUUUGGUAACAUCUCAUUUUAGAAAGCCAAUUGAACAUAUUUUUAAAUGUAAGAUAUUGAAGGUGUAAACUAUUUAGCGUGUUAAAACAUUACACCAUCUACCAAUUUUUGAAAAUUUAGUUUGCACUCAAACUCGCCAUUGGACAUAGCCGUUAAAGGGGGCAUGAUAAAGGAUAUGAUGAACAUAGCUGGCUAUAGACUACCUGAUGAUAGAGAUAUUCGACUGAGUAGCGUCUCUACUGCAGACACCAGGUUGGUCUGGUCUCAAUGCUAGUUUAUAUAAUAGUCUUAUUAUUAGAAAACACAAAUGACCAAGAAAAAAGCUACCGUUAAGUUGUGUAAUUCAUUAUUUGUCUAAAAUCAAAGGAUAUUAUUAUAAUGAAUUAUGCAUUAGUUUACUAUCCGAUAGCUUAAGACAUACUACAAAGUCAAGUUUCACAAUUAUACAAUUCACAAAAUCACCACACUUUUAUCAAAACAAUCAAGUAAAUUAUUUUGUUUACAUGCUUUUUAAUAAAUAAAAUGAGACAGAUUUGUUUUAAUCGAUAAUAUAGUUAGAGCAAAAUAUUGAGAAUCAUAGAAUAGGUCUACUAAUUAUUUUAAACAAAAAUCUUUUUACCCAGUUUUAAUCAAUUAGAACACUGAAAUUUUUUCUGUAUAAAUCAAUUAUGUGAUGCCAAGUGGGAGGAUCAAACUAAAAUGUGUUUUUCAGUGAUGGAUUUUUCCCCUAAAAAUAGAACUAAAAGUUAGACAGUUUAGUUGGAAUUAGAAAAUUUUUAGUCUAAAAUUAAAAAAUUAUCCGACUGUUUUAUAUUUUAUAAAUUUUCUUCACUUAUGAUAUUCUUAGUUGCUACAGCCCACCAAACAAGUUCUGCAUGGACAAAAGACUGUUUACUAAUCAAAUUUCACCUGAUGAACGUGGAAAACAUGCUUAUUUUUGUCAGAAACACCAAGAUGAGGUAAUUAUAAAAAUGGUGGAACGAUUUAAAAAUAGACAUUAGUUUACAUCCUUUUUUCAAAUGGCAUUUUAAGAAGACUAUUUAUAGUACCAACUAAUUACAUAGCUCUCUAAAAGAAAAUCAUUAAGAAAAAAUCAUUUUCUUUUCUAAAAAUAUCACAUGUUAAAAAACCGCCUUUCCAAUCCUUUACAUUAAAACUAUGUUAUAGAUUUAAUUAUAAAAUAAUGCUUAGUUUGUAACACAUACUGACUUAAAGAAAUUUUUUUUAAACAUUCUAAAGAUAUUGUAGUUAUUAAAAACUACUAUUUUUUUCUUUAAAAAUUCUGAAUAAAUCUAUUUAUAAAACUCUUUCUUAUAUAAAUGACAACAGUAAUAAGAUUAUUUCAUUAAUGUCUUUCUCAGCAAAGAUAUCUUGAUUUGGUAUCAAUAAAAAAAAACCAAGUUGUUGAAGCUUUUGUACUGAAACGACAUUUAGUGUGUAAUUGAUGUUUUGUAUUAAUGUUUCUGCCAGUUUAGAAUUUUUGUUAUAAAAAGAGAUUGUUAUUAUCUCAGAGUUUCAUUUUGUUUUCUGUUAUGAAUCUCUACUUAUCAACAACUUUAUUUUUAAAGUCUGUUUUUUUAAACUUAUAUUAUUUAAAUUAAAUGAAUUUAGCAAUAAAAAUUACUGUAAUUGGUUUCUUAAAUUUUCAUUCAAGACUUGAUUUUUAUUUCAUUAUUUACCUAAACAGUUUUAAAAAGCAUAAUUCAUUAGAAUAAUUUUAAUUUCAGAUUUUGUUUCAGAACUCCUUAAUUUAAGAGAGCUGAAGUUUUAUAAAGCUGUUUUAUUUUUAUAACUUAAAUUUGUAAUGCAGGAAUACCCCACUUUUAAAUACAUGAUCAAUAUGUGCUUUGCUAUUGUUGUCAUUUUUUUUCCCUUCAUAUUCAAAUUUUUUGUUUCUUUACACUUUUGCUCCACUUGGGAUGUGAUCAUGAGCAUGACAGGCUUACACUUUUCCAGUGCCAUUGUGUUAACAGUAGCUUGUCAUUUUGCCCCCUUUAUUCUUUCAAAUCUAAAUGAAGCUUUAGUUCACUGUAUUAGUGUGUUAUUCCUGCACUGAAAUGCCUGAAAAAUUGUACAUACUUUAUGAACUAGUAGAUACUUUAUCUUUCCUAUACUAGUUAAACAUAGUGGUAUUACUUAAAACAAUUUAUCUAGAAAAAUGUGAAUUCUUGAACAGGAAAUCAUGCAGUCCAUCCUAGACACUCUCACACCUGGUGAUAUUCGACACUUGUGUGAGAGCAUUGAUGAGGAUAGCCGAAAGGGAAAUUUUCAACGGCUUUUUCCAACUCCUCAAACGCAUCGCUACUUGCGAUUCUUUGAACAGCCUCGCUACUACAACCUCCUUCUUGAUCAAUGGGUGUUACGCUACAACCACAUGGAACAGAAAGGUAGCACUUAAUUGCUCUUAAUAAAUAAGAGAUAGUUUUUUUCUGGUGUCUUGAUUUGGAUUUAUAGUUCUUUACUCUUGAAUCACAUGAAAGUAAAAUGAACAAAAGGCAUUCUAAAUGUUAGUUGAAUUUUUAAAAGAUUUUCAUCCGUUUAUCAUUCUCUGCCACAACUACAGUACUAUUUUUAUGUAGUUCUUUGAAAAUAUUUGUUAAUUCAUACAAUUUUGAAAGAAAAAAAAAGACUGGUCAAGUCACUCAAGUUCAUGCAACUAAAUAAAGAUUAAUUCUGUAUCACAUUCCAUACCAUUUCUGCAGGUAUUAUGUUACUCCAGUCAUUAUGUGAAUCAAACAUUCAUCUAGAUAACCCAACUUCUAAUCCAAGACACCAGGUAAAAUUCAAUUGUCUGUUAAGUUUCUUGUAAUGAUAUGUUAAGCAUGAGUCAUGCUCAUCAUAUGUUCCUGAUAUUUUUUUUUGUUUAUUUUUGUUAUUGCUCAUUUCUGUAUGGGUUUAAUAGAAAUGUAUUUUUCCAUUUCUUUUCACACUUUCCAUAAUUAAACUUUUGCAUAUUUUUGCUGAUCAUCAUAAAAACUUUUUUCUUGCAUUAAAUUCUAGUGGACUGCCCCUCAUUCCCAUGCUACUGUCAGUAUUAAAUCUCCUGACAUGAAGAGCGUGGCCCAACAAACUGCUGCCAGAACAAGGUAAAACACAUUUAUUGAUACUUCACACAAAAAUAUAUUCUUACCUACUAACAUUUAAGGUAGACCUGCAGUACUAUUAGUAUUUACACUUCUGUGCAAGAAUUUAUUUUCAAAAAGCCUUUAAAACAUUUUUUUCCAAGCUGCUGUGCCUACAUAACUUUUUUUAGUGAGUGGAGGCAAUUUUCAAAAAUGUUAAUUGAUCAAAUCGAUAUCUAUCCUAUAAUAAUAUAAAUAAUUAGCUUACAUCUGCCAUGGCAGUAUGAAACUGGUUUUACAUAGUUGCACCCUAAGGGUGUACCGAAUAAAACUGAAAUAUAUGCACCAAGUUUUAUUGCACCUAUCCACAUAAGUAACAUUAAUUAUCCUUAAAAUUUUAAAUAAGAAAUUCAAAAGUAUUUCCCAUAUUUCCUCCAAUAAAUCUUUUACAACAUUGAAUUCCCAUAUUACAACAGUUGACUGCUAUAUUGGGGUGGGAGGGCUAGUGGGUGGUAAGGAGGUUGGGAUGAGGCAGAUUAUUAGACAUUGGCUGAACUCAUUAAAUUGCCUGGCGUUUGAUUUAAUCGCAACAUGUUUUCAAUGAGAUCAGUUUCCAGUUGUAAAUCAACAUGAUCUCCUUUGGAUUUUCACAUACUAAUAAAGUCUGUCCUUUUAAUCUUUCAGUGAUUAAUCUGACAAAACAGAAAUAAUAACUGAUGAGUGCCAGUAAUUUAUCAAUUGUUUAGAAUCAUUUUAUAUAAUUUUCUAUAGCAAUUUUAUAAAAUUAAACAGUUUGAAAUCAGUCUACUUUGUUUUGUUUCAUUUCUUUUGUAUAACUUGACAUUUUAAUUUUAAUUAUUUUUUAUAUAGUUACAUUUAGACAUAAAUAAUUAUUUCUUUUAUGAUUGUAGACAUCCUAAGACAGGAAUAAAAUCAGCAUCAGCAAACUCAUUAUCUGAUGAUCAAAUGCUGAUCUGUAAGCUAUGUAUUGAAAGAUGAAGUAACAAACAUGUUUAGAUUUAGUUGCAGUUACUGGCAUUAUUUUAUUAUUGGUUGUUGUUUUAGAUUUUUUUUCUGGUCAGUUGUUUUUUUAUUUCUUAAUUUAUCACCAACUUGCAUGUUUAUAGUUCUUUAAUUUGUUGCAUUUUGCAGUGGAUUACUUUUUUUGGUGACAAUCUUAUUUUAAAUAUUUUUUUUUUUAUAUGAAUAGCAUAGAUAAAUCAUGAUUUAUGUGUUACUUACAUUCUAGAUUUUGUUAUCUUCUAAUUGUUGCCUGACUUUCCCUGCUUUAUUUAGGGCUGUGAAGUUGUGGAAAAACAAUUAGCUCAAGAAAAAUAUAUAGCAGUACAUUGUUUAGUGUUUAUUUCCAGUGUAGUAGUUUGAAAAUACACUGAAGUACGAUAUAGACAAAUCGAUUCUCUUAAAACAUCUUUCUAUUUCAAAACUAGGAUUAGAGAGUGUUUGGACUUUCAAAUUGAAUACUAGAAUUAGAAAAUAUUUACUAAUUUUAUUUGUAAAGAACAGUCCUAGCUCUAACUUCACAGUCCCGAUUAUAUUGAACAAAAAUAUGUUUUCAUUGAAUAAUUAGUUGAUUUUGAUUUGCCAACAAAAAUAUAAAAAAACAAAAAUAAUGAAUCUAAUUGCUCUUGAAAUAGAAUUCAGUCUUUUAUUGUUGUUAUCAUUAAAAAAUCUAGUUUACAUAUUAUAAUUAGCAGUUGAUUUAAUUAAUAAUGAAUUAAAAUUUAUGAGACCAUAAUUAAAAGUACAAGUUAGAAUCCUAACUGGGACCAUAAACAAAUGGUAAACUUGCAACAGCUUUAGUGAUUACUAUUCCCCACUCAUACGUCAACCCCCCCACCCCUUUUUCCAACCUGAUUCCUUUUUAAAAAAAUACAUAAAUAGAUAAAAUAUAUUUAAUAAUCACCCCUCCAAGCUGUGAAUGUUAAAAUGCAACUUGGAGGUCCUCUUACUUCAGUGCACUGAGUUCAUUCCUUUGCUGGAUCUCUCAAAUUUAUUUAUGUCUUUUUUGCUCAAGUGAAGUUGAAGCAGGGGUUUGAGACUGUUUACCAUUAUUUGUAGUGUUGGGAUGGGCAUUUUGUUUAAAUUUUACAAGACCGAAUGGGGAUAAACAAAUGCAUUAUCUGAAGUCAGCAAAUUUAAAUUUAUUUUUCCUUUAGACAAACUUUCUUUACUGUAAUUUUUUUUUUUUUUUAGUGGAUCUGUAGCAGCUUUACCCAGAUUAGUAACAAAGAAAUUCACCACCAAAUCUGGGCAGAGCUUGUCAC